CCAAACCCGCCCCCCCCCCCCCCCCCCCCCCCCCCCCCCCGCGGUCGCCCCUGUUUGGCAAUAUUCCACAUUUCAAAACACGACUAUUUGACUGUUCCUGCAGAUCUACACAUAGUUGUAAUGAAGUAUUAAAAACAUAAUUUAAAUAUUAUAUUCAAUAUUUAAUUUAACAUACCUGAUGAAAUAGAAGCAAUUUUUUUCCAAAAUAAUUUGUUUGAUUUUAAUAGAAACUCGCUUAAGAAUACAGUUUAUUUGCCAAAAACGAAAUAAUUAGCAAAAGGACAAAAAAAGCAACGGUACUUUGCUUUAAAAGUAGCGGUAGUAAUAUCCGUUAAAGAACAUUAAUGUUAGAGAGAAUGCUAUAGCCUCUAUGACAUUGCUACUUCUUCGCGUAUGACUGCUUUUUGCGUGGGCGGCCUCCAACACCGCUUAAUUAUGUUUCCUAUAUUUAGGGUAGAAUCUUUCUUUCUAUUUUUUUGUUAGUUUGUAAAAUAUAAUAGUUUGGUAUCACUGAUUAUGGCUGCUUUCGUAAACGCAAUAUGCAAAGCAUACAUGCAUUGCAUACUAUUCGUAAACGCCACUGCAAUAAUUUAGACAAAGUAUUGAAUUCAUAAACGAAUGACAACCCUAUUUCAUGCGCAUGAGUUGUCAAAAUGUGCAUGACUUUUGUUUUACAUGCAUUGCAGUCAAAAGAAACGGCAAGAGUUGGAAUGGAUGGUUCGCCAAUGAAUGAUAAAAAGUGGACGCAUGAGCGUAAAAAAUUGCUCAUGUCAAUAAGACUUCGCCAUGAAAGUGACUUCACCGCCAAAAUAAAAAAACGCAGCACAAUUUGGCAAACAAUUCGACGGGAAAUUCAAGAAGUGGACAAUACGUUUUCCCCUUCAGUGGAUGAGAUAACGCGCUGCUUCACCAAUAUGUUGGGGACGUAUAGAAGAAUAAAAAGAAGAAGUGGAACGUCCGAGUUCACCCAAGUAGUUGGAACUGCCCAAAAACGGAAGAGAAAUGAAAUCAUUGAGUUCUUGGUCUCAGAAUCGAAAAAACAAGCAAAAUUGUUAGAGGCACUGGUGGAGAGUGAGAAGGAAAAAGUAAACAUUGAAAAGGAAAAAGUGCAGGAACUAAGAUCCAUACGAAAUUUAUAUGAGAAAAUAUUAGAACGUAAUCUUAAUACCUAAUUUUUUAGUGACUUAAUUUAAGUUUUUUUUUUUAAAUAUGCAAUGAAUUUUUAA